AUGCGGUUACGAAGCACGCUCGCUGCGUGCUACGCAUCGCUGCUCGCCCUCGCCACGGCAUCCUCCACCGCACGAGACCCGCUGCAGCGCAUCGGGCUCGCAAAGAACGCCGACAUCCUCACGCAGAACCACAGAGUCACCGCACUCUCGUCGUUCGACCUCGCCUUCGACUUCAGCACUACCGGCCAGCGCAUACGUCUCAGCCUCGAGCCCAACCACGACCUGUUUCCCGUAGGCGCGAAGAUAAGUUACCUGGAUGCGAAUGGGCAGAUACAUAGCGAGGAGCCGGUGGAUAGGCUGCAGCAUAAGAUCUACAAGGGGACUGCGUGGCUAAAGAGAGGGAGUCGUUGGGAUCGAGCGGGUUGGGCGCGCAUAGAUGUGAGGAGGGAUGGCGUGGACCCGGUAUUCGAAGGGACGUUUACGAUUGAUCAUGAUCACCACCAUGUGUUGCUGGGCGAGAAUUACAAGAGUACGAUGGUGGAAGGAGACCCGGAUGUUGAUCUUGGGUCUGGGGAGGAGAAGAUGGUUGUGUUCCGGGACAGUGAUAUGGGACGGAUACAAGAGCAUUCGGAGCUGAAGAGGAGGGAUUUAGGUCAGGCAUGCGUGAGCGACGACCUCAAGUUCAACACGCAUGAGGAUCACCCUGUGUAUGCGUCGAUGCGGGCGCGCAGCGCUGAGGAGAACUUCUUCGCUAUGCCCCUUUCUGCCAUACUGGGGAAGAGACAGUCGGAUAUUCCUGGUGGUGGUAAUGGCGCGGGUGUCAACCUUGUUUCCUCGAUUGGGAGUACGGCUGGGUGCCCUACUACUCGCAAGGUUGCUCUCGUGGGUGUUGCUACCGACUGCACGUAUAUCAAGGCGUUCAGUUCGGAUAAGACAAAGACCAGGGACAAUGUCAUCAAGCAGAUGAACUCUGCUUCCGAAUUGUUUGAGUCUACCUUCAACAUCUCGCUUGGCCUGGCGAACGUCGUCAUCACGGAUCCCUCGUGCCCAACUACCGAACAAACCGCCACCCCAUGGAACCAGGACUGCUCAUCGAGCGUCGAUAUCCAGAAGAGGUUGAACCUGUUUUCUUCGUGGCGGGGCGGUCAGAACGAUGGAUUUAGCCACUGGACUCUCCUGUCGACCUGCAACACCGGCUCCGCCGUGGGCUUGGCCUGGCUCGGACAGGCUUGUGUUGCAGGUUCGCAGUCCAACGGUGGGCAAAACGAGACCGUCAGCGGGGCAAACGUCGUUGUCCGAACAUCAACAGAAUGGCAGGUCAUCGCGCACGAAACAGGCCACACGUUCGGUGCCGUACACGACUGUACUGCCGAUGCGUGCCAAAACAGCAACGCAGUCAGCGCAUCGCAGUGUUGUCCCCUAUCCGCGGGUACUUGCGACGCGGGCGAGCAGUUCAUCAUGAACCCCUCUACCGCCCAGGGCAUCACCCGUUUCUCCGCCUGCUCCAUUGGUAACAUCUGCUCCGCGCUCGGCCGCAACAGCGUCAAAUCUACCUGCCUAUCCAACAACCGCAACGUCAACCUGACUACCACGCAAACCUGCGGCAACGGCAUUGUCGAAGGCGAUGAGCAGUGCGACUGCGGCGGCGACUCCUGUGGUGACAACGCCUGCUGCGAUGCUAAGACGUGCAAAUUCAAAGACAACGCCGUCUGCGAUGAUUCUAAUGAAGACUGCUGCAAGGGUUGCCAAUUCGCGUCUUCUAAUACCGUUUGCCGUGCAAGCAACGGCCAGUGCGACCCCGAAGAAAAAUGCACAGGCAACUCUCCCUACUGCCCCGACGACGAGACGCAGCCCGACGGUACCGACUGUGGUGGCAACCUCAAGUGCGCAAGCGGUCAGUGCACGAGCCGCGACCAGCAGUGCAAGACUAUCAUGGGGAGUUACACCCAGGGCAACGAUACUUAUGCGUGCGAUAACAGCAAUUGCAUGCUGAGUUGUGCGAGCCCCGAGUUUGGCAAUACGUGCUAUGGUCUCCAACAAAACUUCCUCGAUGGCACGUCAUGCAUAGGAGGAGGCAAGUGCCAGAAUGGUCAAUGCACGGGCGGCUCCGUCGGCAACGAAGUCAAAGAUUGGAUCCUCACGCAUAAGCCUCUCGUGAUUGGUCUCGCAGCCGGCAUCGGCGGCCUCAUUAUUCUCUCCAUCCUCGGCUGCUGCUGGCGCUCCUACAAGCGCAGGAAGCUGCAGAAGAAGUACGCUGCAGGCCCGCCGGUGGCGCCGUACUAUGCUGGUGGUGGAAGUAGAGGUGGGAGGAGUGGGAGAAGGGGGCCACCGAGCCCGAAUGGUAGUGGAGGAGGCAGUGCGCCGUUGGUGCAACAAGCGGGUAACGCUGCGCCGAUGUGGCAGCAGCAGCCGGGACAUGGGCCGCAGGGGGAACCUAUACCGCCGCCACCUAUGUAUAGGAGUGGAAGUGUGAGGUAUGCCUAG